AUGCCUACUAGGUCUACAUUUGAUGAUUGGAGGCCACAACUUGGUUUACUUCUUCAAUCAAUUCCAUUUCCUGACGAAGCCUUAACACAUGAUCAUUUUAUAGAAAUAUUCAAAAAUGUUGUUAAAAAUUUAGUUGAUGAUCCUCGAUGUGAAGUUCAUCAAACAGUAUUAGGUAUCCGAGAAGGAAAAGAAGGAUGGCUUGAAAUGUUUUGCUUGGGUAGUGUUGCAUGUGAUGAUGAUGGUGAAAUGUUUUCUCUUAUCCUUAGUAAAUUAAUUUCAUGUUGUUGUCGAAAAAAACGAUUUUUAUUAAGUAUUAAUAAAUUAUUACCAGCAUUAAUGUUACUUGCAUUACGUGAAAAUCAAAGUUCAUUAGAAGCUCUAUGUGCUAUGCUUGAUUUAGAUGCUGUAGAAAAUCGUGACAAUAAAUUACAAUUAAUAUCAACAUUACAAUCUACACCAAUUGGUUUAAAAUUGUAUGCAAAAGUAUGCGACAGACAAAUAGCAUUAAGAGAAUUACAACAAAAAGGUGGACCAAAAAAAUUAACAUUACCAUCACGUUCAACAGAUAAUGAUCUAGCAAAAUUAUUAUCUAGUGGUUCAUUUGGUAAUCUUGAAUGUUUAAGUUUAGCAUUUACAAAUGUCACGAGUGCUUGUGCUGAACAAUUAAUUAAAUUACCAGCACUUCGAUAUCUAAACUUAUGGUCGACACAGUUUGGUGAUGCAGGUUUAGAGUUAAUAUCAGAACAUUUAAAUCGAUUACAAGUACUUAAUUUAUGUGAAACACAAGUAACGGAUAAAGGCCUAACUUAUUUGUCCUUAUUUUCUCGACGAUCAUUAACAACAAAUAAUAAUUCAAUUAUUGAUAAUGUUAUAAAACGUUUAUCAAUAAAUUAUAAAAAAGAAUUAGAUCAAUUACAAAUAAAUGAAAAUGUAAAUCCAAUUGAAAGAAUUCAAUAUCUUAAAACAAUUUUACAAACAAUGAAAUUACGUGAAAAAAUUACUCAAGAUAUUGAUGAAACAAAGAAACUUUCGAAUGAAAAUAAUCAUGAUGACAUUUCACAAAUGGCUAUGGAUGAACUUGUUCGUUUACGAACAAAUUUAAAUUCAAUUGAUAAUGAAAUUCUAGAUCGUAUUUUACCAGAAGCACCUGCUGAUAAUGAUGAUGCUGAACUUGAAGUCACAGCUGGUGUUGGUGGUCAAGAAGCAAUGUUAUUUGCUAAAGAAUUAUUUCAAAUGUAUACAAAUUAUGCUAAUUUUCGAAAAUGGUCGGUUGAAAUAGUUGAAUAUGAUAAAACUGAUAUUGGUGGUCUUCGUCAAGGAAAAGCAUUUAUAAAUGGUUUAGAUGUAUUUAAGAGUUUAAAAUAUGAAUGUGGAGUACAUAGAGUACAACGUGUUCCACAAACAGAAAAAAGCGGACGAAUUCAUACAAGUACAGUUACGGUUGCUGUUUUACCUCAACCAAAGGAUAUUAAAAUUGAACUUCCUGCUAAAGAUUUAUUAGCUGAACCUAUUCGUUCGAGGGGUCCAGGUGGUCAACAUGUGAAUAAAAGUGAAUCAGGUUGUCGUUUAACACAUUUACCAACAGGCAUUGUUCUUGAACGACAAGAUGAACGUUUUUUUAAUUUAAAUAAAAAUCUUGCUAUUAAAGCAAUGAAAAACAAGCUUUAUCAAAUGCAAUAUGAUGAACAACAAGAACGAUUAUUUCAAACACGUAAACAACAAACUGGUAGUGGAAAUCGAAAUGAAAAAAUUCGAACAUAUAAUAUACCACAAAAUCGUAUAACAGAUGAACGUCUUAGUGAAAAUGUUCAUAAUGUUAAUGAAUUUCUUGAUGGAACUCAUCGUUUACAUACGAUAAUUGAACAACUUAAACAACAAGAUAGAUUACAACGUUUAAUUGAACUAACUAAUAAAUCUUCAAAUUAA